AUGUCUUCUAUGAUGGCGCCGAAUUCUCGGCUGCCGUGGCUUGGUGCUAUUACCGCUUUGUUCGUAGUAUGGUCGCUCUAUGCCACUAUGAGCUCUUCUCGCCUUAAAUAUCCUGUCUCGUCAGCUGUAAAGGGCGACUCUCCGAAAGGCUCUUCCACCUCGCCAAUUGUUGAUACCGUCGAGGUUGUGAGCGACCGCCCCUUAAUACAAUACGCAUACGCCGAUGGAAAGACGGAUAAUGCGCGAAAGAAUCUUGAAUUCUUCCUGGCGCAUGGGUUACACGGUGCCGCCGAUUUCGUGUUCAUCCUAAAUGGAGAAACCACAGCGAAGAGUUUAAUACCGAACGAGCCGAACAUUCGAAUAGUGCAGCGGGCCAAUGAUUGCUAUGAUAUGGGUGCUCAUGCGGAAGUACUUCAGGCGGACGACAACUAUAAGAGGUACAAGCGGUUUAUAUUGAUGAAUGCAAGUGUGAGAGGGCCGAUGUUACCUCACUGGACUAGAGAAUGUUGGACGGAUAUGUUUCUUGGGAGGCUGACCGAAAAGGUCAAGCUUGUUGGUCUGACAGCCAAUUGCAAACCUUUUUUUCAUGUCCAGUCCAUGGUCCUCGCUACCGAUAUUAUUGGCAUCGAGACACUUCUGCACCCAUCUCAAGAAGUUCUCGAUAUAUACGAAGCUGAUCCACCGCCGAAUCUUCGUCCUAGCGACCCUCUCCCAUGGCAAUCCCCUGGAAUCAAUGGCUGCUUUCACACCUGGGAAUCAGCUGUAAAUGCAGAAGUUUCGACGACUCGUUUGCUGCAAAAGGCAGGCUUCAAAGUCGAUGUCAUGAUGAGCGCGUUCCACAGCAUGAACGACUAUCCCGCGGAAUGCGAGCCUGAGAGUGGAGAUUUACUAUGGGAGAACGAGUACUACGGAAUCAGUGUCCAUCCUUUUGAAACAGUAUUUAUGAAGGCGAAUAGAGACAUUACGCCUCUCACCGUAGACCGGCAUACAGAGUGGAUCAACAAGAACAAAUACUCGAGUUACGAUUACUGCAAAGAGCCUUCUCGGGCUAAUUACAAAUUAUGA